AAAAUAUUAUUUUUUUAGGAUUCCUCCUUAUUCCUAACAUGUUCUGAAACAUGGUUCUCAAAACUGGAAUAGAAUGGAGAAAUGGAAUGUUCCUCUGUUCAAUGACUUCCAGUUGAGUUGUCACAAACCAUGAUCUUCCUCAGUGACCUCAUCUAUGUGUAAAACAUUCUGGAAUUGGUUCAUUCUAUCCUACUUUGAGCCUGUCAUAUUCCUUCAAAGGCAGUAAUCUGAGGCCUUAGAGAUCAUGGGAAGUGUUUCGAUAAAUGACAUCUCUAACACGGAGACUUGUUCUUCAACAGAUGGAGUUCGGCAUAAAAACAAUGGAGCUCAGCAGCAUGCCAGCGAGUCAUCGGACGAGGGCGAGAAGCGGGGUCAGGGCCGCGUGGAGGAGCAGAUCAACAACGAGCACCUCCGUCGCAUUGAGGCCAUGUUCCAUGAGGCCGACACGGACGGAGGAGGAGGUCUGGAUAUGGAGGAAUUCCGAGAGGCAAUGAAGAAGAUCAUGGGUAAAGUUGAGGAUGAAGACGUGGACAUCAUCUUCAUGAAAGUGGACACAAACUGUGAUGGCAGUGUAGAUUGGGAUGAGUACCUGAACUACAUGUUGCUGGAGUACCGAGAGAAAGACUCCCUACAGAAGCAGAACAGACCCCUCUACUUCCCCAAGCCUCUGAAGGUGGUCCCUGUAGCCCAUUGUGAGCCCAUUGUGCGGAUCCAGUUUCAUCCGUUUCAGUCCCUGCAGGCCGACAAGAAGGGCGGUAAUGCGCCAAAGACCCGCAUGCAGCUGGGCCGCUACCUGACCGUAAGCCGUGAUGGCAUUCUCAACUACUGGAGCGAGCGCUUCAAGCUCACCCGCACCAUCAAUUUGGACCAACUGAAGCACACCCAGCUUACUUCUCAUCCCCAGCAGAUCUGGGUGACUGACAUGAUCUGCCUCAGCAACUUGAAUCUACUGGCCCUGGCCACCACUGGACGAGACGUGGAAUUCUUUGACAUCAGCGCCAACAAAUGUGACCUUGUGUUCUCACUCACUGGCCUAGAGGGAUACGUGGCGGUCAUGGACUACUGGUCCGAUGGAACCAAAGGGGUGUUCUGCGCAGGAGAUGUGGAUGGCGCCAUCUCUGUGUUUAUCUCACACAAUGUGGUACAAAAUGGGCUUUUCAAUAGCGGUGCCAUUAAAUCUAUAAAACCAGGGGGCAGAACUCGCCUGGCUGUCCCAGCACUGUUUAAGAACACCUCCAAUUAUUACCUGUGCUUUAAAGUGACCUUGCACAACACAUGGUGCCAUCAGAUCCGCUUCCUGCCGGAGCUGAACGCUGUUGCCACCUGCUGUACGUCCGACCAAACUGCCAUGGUGCUGACCAGCAUUCCCCACUCACACAAGGCCAAAGUCAAUAACUCUGCCUUUCAGCUAAGGAAAGGGAUACUGUGUUUUGAUUACUCUGCAGAGUUUAACAUCAUAGUGACUGGAGGAUUUGACCGGAUUGUGAGGGUGUGGAAUCCCUAUGUCACCAACUGUGCCACGAGCCAGAUGAAGGGUCACUCCACUGCGGUCACUUUUAUCUCUGUCAAUGGCCAAAUCAACAAAAUCAUCAGCAUUUCCAAAGACAAGAAUGUUCGUGUGUGGGACCUGCAGGACUGUGCCUGCCUACAAAACAUCCACUCCAGGAACAUGCCCAUGGGCCGGUUCCCCAUCUACAGCAUGCAUUACAACCCGGACAAACACACGCUAGUGAUGGGCACCUUUGUGAUAGGGGUUCUUCAUGGAGUGGUUGAUGACGUGGACAGUCUUGAUAAGUUGAAGACGUCCCAUGAGAAUUCUCUAUGUACUGCGCUUUACAACUGCAACUUCAAACAGGUGGUGAGCGGGUGUCAUAAUGGUGUGGUUAGUGUGUGGGAUAUCCUGACCGGUGACAAGGUUAUGCAGUUCCAGACAUCCCCAGAAAAAGCUGUAGAGGUGACCGCCAUGUCGUUUGAUGGGCCCAAGAGACGCCUCAUCACUGGAUCUAAAGACGGAAUGAUCCGUCUGUGGAACUUCAACAACGGAGCCCUGUUGCUCACACUCCCAUUGCUGGAAGAAAAUGAGGUGACAGGGAUCCUAUACAUAAACCAAAGGAUCUAUGUGUCUGGGUGGAGCAAGAAAGUCAUGUGGUAUUUAGAUGUAAAAGAGGACAUGGAGAUGGAGUGCCGCGUGUGGAACCAGUAUCACACUGAGGACAUCUUCUCCAUGCACGCCCACGGCAACAAGAUGCUGGUCACUGCCUCCUACAGUGGUGACAUCAUCGUAUGGAACAUUGACUCGGGCCGAGCCUUCUUCCGGUUCAAUGCCUUUGAGAGCCCUCGACCACUAAUGCCAAAUCGGGUGAUUGACCUGAGCCAGAGCCUUGAGGCCUGUAAGGACUCGGAGUCCUGCUCAUCAGUACUGAGCAGGACGUCUGAUGAAGAUGAGGAUGAAACAGAAGGUCCUGAGGGCCACAAUGAGACUCAUUCCCACACCUCGUCUCCCCAGGCAAAUUGGACAAGCAGCAAACAGACUGAGGUCACACAAGAAAUCAAAGAGGAUGUGGAGAAUAACAUGUCCUCUAACUCAGCAAGACCAAAAUCAAAGGAGAAGAAAGCUAAACCUGCACCCAUCGGUGCGGAGGAGCUGGAGAGACCUCGGCUUGCUGUGGAGAAGGCUCUCUUCUUGGGCACACGUGAGAGGAGUCCUGACACUGCCAUCUUGUUGACCAGUGCUGCUGAUGGCUAUAUCUACGCCUGGUCCAUUCACCACCAGGGGGGGCUGCUGGGCAAGUUUAAAGCCGUGCACGGAGACAGCACGUCCAUCAGCUCCAUGUCCACUGAUUUGCACAACCAGAUGCUGCUUACUGGAGACAGUCAGGGAUACAUCAUGCUGUGGAACAUUGGGAAGUACUGCUACUGCAUGCAAGGAGGGCAGGAGAGCCUAUGCCAACAGCCAGGAGACAUCAACCUACCCAGUCUUAUCCCCAAGUACUGCAACCUGGAGGGGCCACGGAGGAUAGUGACACAGGAUGCCUCAAAGCAGGUGAUUGAUGGAUGGACCGUGUCCCUGGUCCCACCUCCUCUGCUGAGCUCCUGGCGCUGUCACGUGAAGAGCAUUGUCAGCCUAGAGUAUGUGGAGCGAUUCUGUCUCAUCGUCACGGCAAGCCUUGACUGUAACGUGCGUCUGUGGACCAUCGCUGGAGGCUAUGUGGGUACGUUUGGCCAGGCACCGUGGCGCGUGGGAUAUCCGAAUGCUUUCCCCUGGGAUCUGCCCCUAGAUCUGCGCAGGGUAGGGUCCUCUCAGACACUGAAGGUGCUCAACCAGGGCAGGAGACCACAUUGGAAUUGUGCCAGGCGGAUUUUGCACGCCCUCACUGUACAACGGCAGCAGGCAUCCAUGUCCAGCGCGGCAGAUAACCUGCAAGAGCUGGUGGCCACUGACCCGCGCAUCGCCAAGUACACUGACGAGCAGAUCGAACAGACCUGGGAGAAGUGGGCCAUGAAGGGCAAGCAGAAGAGCUCCAUUCUUGGCGAGACUUACAGACAGAAAAUCAGGCAUCAUUUGCCCACCUGCCCCCCUGAUCUACAAUCUUCCUUCAGUAGCCGUGAGCAGCUAAGAGUUUACAAGGCAAUGCCCUGCACAGCCCUCCUGCCCAUAAUCCAGCCUCCAGAGCCCAAUCUAAUAAAGGAACAGCUUCAGAAGACACAGGAGGGAGCAGAUAACACCAAGAACACCAGGCAGAAGAGUUUGGCCCGGCGUGCUCCUAGACGCUUUCUGGGCGCUUCCAGGGAAUUGUGCAAAAAGAUUACCAUAGUACAGUGUCUGCAAAGUAGCCAUAUAACACCAUAAAUCAUAUAACCUGUGUUUAUUGAACCUAU